AUUUCACACCUUUUUCCAUCAAAAACCCUAAUUCCUCUUACGCAUACAAACAAUCACUAAAACCUUCAAAAUCUUGUAUACAUGAGUUCCUAUACGAAUACGCCUAAUUUGGAUCACCUCCUUCUCCAAACCCUAAUGGGCAGGCUCCAAAUCCGCCCUCCGAAUCCUCUUCAACCCCAAUUAUCACCGUCUUUUAAUAAAACCCUAGAAGAUCUCCUUAUGGACACCAUAAACAACAUCUCAGAUGCUGAAGAUGAUCAAGACGAUGACGACGAUGAUGAUGAAAACAACAGGAGGAGCAAAACUCGGCUGGCCAAAGAAGAAUCGAAGCUGGAAAAGGAGGUGAUCAAGAUUAUUCUUAGUGGAAACACGGAAGAAGCCCUAAAACCCAAUUCGGGUCAGGCGGUAACGAUCGGAGAACACCAUAUUUGUGUUGGGUAUCAUAUGGAAGCCGGGUCGGAGUAUCGGGUCUGGGAAUGGCAUGGUCAUAUCAUGUUGUUUGAUGAUGAGAAUGGGUAUGAUCCAGAGUAUAUUUAUGGGAAUUAUUUCGAGAGGUUGAGAGUUGUGCCUGAGAAGAUGAAGGAGGAGGAGGCGGUGAUGAAGGAGGAAGAGAAACCCAUGAAUUCUGGUUUGAAGGAUCUGAUUGGAUCAAGUGAGGACGGUGGAUCGGGUCGGAUUCUCCAUCGCAACAUGAAUACUGGAUCCUCCAGAGUUUAGUCGAGCAGCGUGUAUCAACGGGAAUUCCCUUUUGGGUUUGGGGUUGGAAUAAGACGUUCCCAUGAAGCAUGUAGGAUCAAGAUCUUGAUACCAUUUUGGUUUCCUAAUGCUGAAAAGAGUGGUAUUUUAUGGAUUGGUUUUGGGUUUUUUGUGACGAAAAUCCAGAAGAGUGUAGAGGUUUGAUUGUAAGAAAUACAGUUGCUGCUUCUUCUGAUUCAAACCCAUCAUUCCAUGAAUAAUGGAACUUGGCGUACUUAUUGUUAUUGUUCAUAUAUGUAACUUGCAAUAGUAAUAAGAAUUGGGUGGUCUUUAAAGAUCCAAGAUACUAUUUGUGUUCAUUUUAUAUUGAUAGACAAUUUAGGGGUCGUUAACCAAAUUCCUAAUA